AUGCCCGGCACUCUACCCCAAGCCGAAGACUAUGUGGACGUCCUCAUUGUCGGGGCUGGUCCGGCAGGUCUGAUGCUGGCAAAUUGGCUGAGUCGAUGCGGUGUCAAGACUCGCAUUGUGGAUAAGCGAGGAACAAAGAUCUUCAACGGCCAGGCAGACGGUCUCCAAUGCCGAACACUAGAAAUCUUCGAUUCGUUCGAUUUUGCAGACCGCGCAUGGCGCGAAUCCAACCAUAUGCUGGAGAUUUGUCUCUGGAACCCGGAUGAACAGGGUCGCAUUCGACGAUUCGAUCGCAUCCCGGACACUAUUCCUGGUAUUAGUCGGUUUCAGCAAGUGGUGCUGCACCAGGGCCGCAUCGAGCGCUUCUUCCUCGACUCUAUCAAGGAGCAUAGCGAUAUCGUAGUCGAACGAGGUGUGCUGCCCACCACAUUCGAAUUUGAUGAUACCAAAGCAGACGACUUCAAUGACUAUCCCAUCAACGUCACGGUGCGCACCCUCUCAGAUGAGGAGUCUACGCCCCAGCAGCAGCAACAACAUCACAGAUCCACAGAAGGAAAAGAGACAACCGUCAGUGACGGACUCUUCCGGAGUAACCUGGCAGCCGAUGACACGGACGAUCUCAUCCACGCCGCAGAAACCAAUUGCCGAGUCGACCAAGUCGAGUCCAUCAAAGCCAAGUUCCUUGUUGGCUGCGAUGGCGCACACUCUUGGGUCCGUCGUCAACUGGGUUUCCAGCUUGAGGGUGACUCUACGGAUUACAUCUGGGGCGUACUCGAUAUUGUGCCCAUCACCGAUUUCCCAGAUAUCCGACAGCGUUGCGCGAUUCAUUCCGCGAAUGCAGGCAGUGUCAUGGUUAUUCCACGAGAGAACAAGCUCGUUCGACUGUACAUUCAGUUACAAACCACGGAACAUGCCCAGGCAGGAGGUAAAGCAGAUCGAUCAUGGAUCACGCCGGAGAUUAUCCUCCAAUCCGCCCAGCGGAUCCUGCAUCCUUACAAGCUUGACUACUCCUACUGUGACUGGUGGACAGCAUACCAGAUUGGCCAGCGUGUGGGUGACCAGUUCUCGCUGAAGGAGAGAGUCUUUUUGGCAGGUGAUGCGGUUCACACCCACUCACCCAAGGCUGGUCAGGGUAUGAACGUGAGUAUGCAAGAUACAUACAACCUGGGAUGGAAGCUCGCCCAUGUCGUAAAAGGCUACAGUAACGCAUCCAUUCUCAAGACAUAUCAAUCUGAGAGAAGAAAAAUCGCUCAGGAUUUGAUUGCCUUUGACCACCGCUUCUCCAGACUGUUCUCUGGUCGUCCUGCAAAGGAUAUUAUGGACGAGGAAGGCGUGAGUAUGGAGGAGUUCAAGAGGGCCUUCGAGAAGGGUAAUGAGUUUGCUAGUGGUAUUGCGGUCAACUACGGCGCCAGUGUCAUCGUCGCAAAAGAAGGCGACCCAGCAACACAAGGGGACGGCACAGACGUUGCCCGAGACAAAUCCACCCUUGUGAUCAGCAAGCCCCAGCUCGCCACCAAGAUCGAUAUCGGCAAGCGUAUGCCAAGUUUCAAGGUCCUCAAUCAGUCCGACGCCCGCCCAUGGCAUCUCCAAGAACUACUGAAGAGCAACGGCAAAUGGCGAAUCAUCGUAUUCCCAGGCCAACUCGGCCUGGCCGCAAACAUGCAACGCAUGCAAAAGCUCGGCGCCAAACUCGGAGCUACGGACUCAUUCAUCCGUCGCUACACGCCCGCCGAUCAAACAAUCGACAGCGUGAUCGAAGUACUAACCGUUCACGCCGGUCCAAGAGCAUCCCUCGAACUCUUGGAUCUCCCGGAAGCCUUCCAUCCAUACAGCGAGACCAUGGGCUGGGAUUAUUGGAAGGUCUUUGUGGAUGAUCAGUCUUAUCAUGAAGGUCAUGGGCAAGCUUAUGCUAAUUAUGGAAUUGAUCCCGUCAAGGGGGCAAGUGUUAUCUUGCGUCCUGAUCAGUAUGUGAGUUGGAUUGGGGAGGUUGAUGAUUAUGAGGAUAUGGACAGGUUCUUUUCGGGGUUUCUGAAGGUACAGAAUGUGGUGAAGGAGUGA